ACAAGACUUCAUCCACUGUGAUAUCAGUCAGCCAAACUAUGAAACCAACACUGAAUUCUCUUCUGAUAAUUCCAAUUCCGACGAACCGCGUAUCUCGCUCUUGAAAGAAAAAACUUCUUCGCUUCUACCCAGAUAAUAACACACCGAAGAUUCCAGUUCUGCAACUGCCGGUUUGAGCUGCCCUGGCACCCCACUCGUUCAUUCCAAUAAUCCUAAAAUGGAGAAUUUGUAUAAAGGCUCUCGUUUUUGCGCUUCGUUUCUAUUUUUAUUUUCGCCGGCUUCGGUAACUUGACACGGACGACAGUUUUGGUUUUCGAUUAUUGUGCUCUCCGUCUAUUUGUGUUUACAUUCGUGAUCCCGGAAAAAAUUGGGAAGUGCUGUUUUUUCUCCACCUGACAGAAAAAUAUAUCGAACUUGGGGAUACAUGGCUUUAUGUUGAAUUUUUGUUUUGUACCAUAUACAGGAGGUUGUAGGUGAGAAUUUGAACCAGGGUAGUUCGAUGGAUAACAAUUGAAUCCCCCGAAGAAAACUUGCAGCGUUGUCAACAAAUCAGUUCACCGAAACAAGAAUAAUUAUAUCUUCGAGGUAGUGAUCUCACGCAUAAUAUGGAGCGUCUGGAAGACCAGAGUGUUGAUGAAAGGAAGAUAAGAUACGAGCACGUUCCUUUUGACACAAGUGACGAUGAUUUCAUGGGAGAUAUUCCACCAAUCACAAAUCCAUCUUUUCGAGGAGCUGAUGAUGGUUCUCAUUUGGAAUCUGGACGAUCCUCACCAUCUGUUUCAGUUCCCGAACCGGCGUCUUUCGAAGAAGCUAUAGCUGCCACUGGCUUUGGAAAAUACAACAUCUUCCUGAUGUUCGUGACGAUAUUCCCAUCCGUAGCAGAAAUUUUCGAAGUAGUGGCUUUAUCGUACGUUUUACCGAUAGCUGAAUGCGAUCUCAAUCUCACCCUCAGCGACAAAGGGAUGUUGAACGCUAUGACCUUCGCAGGAAUGGUCACAAGCGCAUUAUUUUGGGGUCGCCUGUGUGAUAUGAUAGGGAGGAAAUCUAUCAUUAAGUAUGGUUACAUCGUCGGUGGCGGAUUUGCUAUAAUAGUUUCCCUUUCCACCAACAUAACGGUAUUAUCUAUAGCCAAGUUUUGUGGUGGCUUCAUAAUCAAUGGGCCUUAUUCGGCAUCAGUAUCUCACUUAUCGGAAUUUCAUUCUUCGAAAUAUAGAGCUAGAGUUCAGAUAGUAAGAGGGGCUACAUUGAGUUCAGCCUACAUAUUCCUUCCUCUGUUAGCUUGGGGAAUUUUACCGCAAAAGCUAGAUUUUUCUCCAUUCGGACUAAUUGAUUAUCAUUCCUGGAACGUUUUUCUAUUCAUCUGCGCAAUACCGACAAUCACGAGCGGUCUGAUUUACUUUUUCGUGCCGGAGAGUCCCAAAUUCUUGAUGACCCUAGGCCGGAACGAAGAAGCUCUGAAUAUCUUCCGAAAAGUGUAUAGGAUCAACACGGGAAACGCAGAAGAUACAUUUCCGAUCAAUUGCUUGGUGAAAGAAACAUAUUACGAAGUCGCAGAUAUCACUCAGAAGCAACGUCCCAAUAUACUCAAGGAAGGAAUCAGUCAAAUGAAACCCUUCAUGAGUUCGCCUCAUAUCAACAGGAUUUUGCUCAUUUGUUGCAACGCAUUUCUCCUAACCAUGAGCAUGAAUUUAGUGAAAUUGUGGCUUCCGCAAAUAUUCCAAGCAACAAGUGAUCAUCAAAUAAGCGAAAGCAAGAAUGAAACAGACGUUUGUUCCAUUUUUGAGGAGUUGAGAACACCUAAUCUAACUGUGGCAGAAGGUUGUACUGUGAACCUGGACAACAUGUCUGUGUAUAUCAACUCGAUCAUCGUAGGAAUUACUGGAGUAAUCUCAUUCAGCCUAGCAGGGACAUUGGUCAAUCUGUUGGGGAAGAAAACUUUAACAGUGGUUUUUUCCUUCGCCGCUGGGUGUUUUUGCUGCGCCGUAUACUUUUCCACUAAUUCUUUAACUAUGAUGAUUCUCUAUUCGUUGGAUCUGUCGUUGGGUUGUAUUGCUGACAACGUGCUCACAACAACCACCCUGGAAUUGUUCCCAACAACUUUGAGGACCAGUGCUCUGUGUUUGCAUCUGAUGUUUGGGCGUUUCGGGACCGUCGUAGGAAACAUCAUUUUGCCCCAACUGUUACAGAUAGGCUGUGCCCCUCCUAUAUUUUUCUUGGGAUUCCUUGUUUUUGGUUCUUUGCUGUUGACAGUUUUAUACCCCAGUACGGAAAAUAAACCCCUUUUAUGAGAGGAAAAGACACUGAAAUUAAUUUAUGUAUAUAUUAUUAAGUAUAAUAAAUUUAUUUUUUACUAUGAA